UCUGGAGAGAAGCAAAGAGUGAUGAUAGAUAGAUCGGAAUCGAAUCCGAACCCCAAAGCUCCAACCGAUCUGCAAAACGCUGCGUUUCACGGAUCGGAAUAGACCGUUCGAUCUGUUGGUUAAUUUGCUGCCUGAGCGAUCGUACGACCGGUGGUGGUUGCCGUGGUAGGGUGAUCGGACGGUAGAGGGAAAAAGGAUGCCGUCGCUGGGGGAUCUGGACCGUCAGAUCGAGCAUCUGAUGGAUUGCAAGCCGCUUCCGGAGGCGGAAGUAAAGACUUUGUGCGAUCAGGCUAGGGCUAUACUGGUGGAGGAGUGGAACGUGCAGCCGGUUAAGUGUCCGGUGACCGUGUGUGGAGAUAUCCACGGCCAGUUCUAUGAUUUGGUCGAGCUGUUUAAGAUAGGAGGCAAUGCGCCUGAUACAAAUUACCUUUUCAUGGGCGAUUAUGUAGAUCGUGGGUACUAUUCCGUGGAGACUGUUACACUCUUAGUGGCCUUGAAAGUCCGUUAUAGAGAUAGAAUUACUAUUCUAAGAGGAAAUCAUGAGAGUCGGCAGAUUACUCAAGUGUAUGGUUUUUAUGAUGAAUGCUUGAGAAAAUAUGGGAAUGCCAAUGUUUGGAAGUAUUUUACCGACCUUUUUGAUUAUUUGCCCCUUACAGCCCUUAUUGAGAGCCAGGUGUUCUGUUUGCAUGGAGGACUUUCACCAUCUUUGGAUACAUUAGAUAACAUUCGAGCAUUGGACCGCAUACAGGAGGUUCCACAUGAAGGACCUAUGUGUGAUCUCUUGUGGUCUGAUCCUGAUGACCGCUGUGGAUGGGGAAUAUCUCCUCGUGGUGCUGGAUAUACAUUUGGACAGGACAUUGCUGUUCAGUUUAACCACACCAAUGGGCUGACUCUGAUUUCAAGAGCUCACCAGCUUGUCAUGGAAGGAUACAAUUGGUGUCAGGAAAAGAAUGUGGUGACCGUUUUUAGUGCUCCAAACUAUUGUUAUCGCUGUGGUAACAUGGCUGCAAUUCUAGAGAUCGGGGAGAAUAUGGAGCAGAAUUUUCUUCAAUUUGAUCCAGCACCCCGACAAGUUGAGCCCGACACCACCCGCAAAACUCCUGAUUAUUUUUUAUGAUCUCCUCUGUUUUUCUGAUAGUGGUUUGUUAGCGUCCGUUUGUUGCUGUAUCACUGUAGACUUGUCUUGAAAAAGGUGAAAGCUUUGUUGUUUGAGGUUCAUACUUCAUAGACGACUUCAUUCUUUUUGCCUGCUGCUGCUUUGUUAAUGUGCUCAAGGAACUCGUUGCAGUACCGACAAAGGCCUAAAUUGCCUCUGGUCUUGUAUAUUUUCAAAAGCAGCAAUAACAUGUUACAUCUUCUGUAAUUUUACAAUCUCCAAAUACUAGAUUUUUGGAGGGGUGUUCCAACGCCCUCCGUUGUAAGCUUUCAAAAUUUAGCAACAAACUGCCCAGAAUAGGUUUUACAAUCAUUAGUAAUUUGGUGCCUUGUAUGUUUGCCGAUACUGAGCUCUUGAAAAUUGAAAGAAAGAAGAGGGAGUGGGUGUCUGUUUAGUUCUCUGACAAUGUUAUAGCUAAUAUCAUGCAAUAUUGUAAGUAUACAAUUAUGAUGUAAUAUUAAAUGAAUAUAACAUGU